AAUUCCAGGUGGGGGUGAACCCCAGACCCCUCCCCGGAGCUGGCACACCCCAGAGCGCUUGGAAAAGACAAUUAAUCCCUAAUUAAUUUCACUCGUCCUGCCAAGAACUGAUGGUUUCCUGCUCGAGAAAUGGUGGCGGCUCCGCGGGGCUUUCCCGGCAGCGCCAUUCCCCGUUUUCCGCCGGCUGCCAGGGCGGGAGAGAGAGGGCAGGGCGGCUCCGGGGCACCUCUUAUCUCCUGCCCGCAGUCCUCGGCUCUUUUUGGAGCGGAGAAGUCACCCCCGAACACCUCCUGGCACGUGGGUGCCCUGUCCGAGUGGCCACCCCCGGUGCCACCCCCAGCACCCAGCGGAGCCCCCCAGACUCGGAGGAGCAUCAUGGGCAACUGUGUCCCCGUGACCCCCGGCAUCCUGGAGACCCCGGGCUCCCUGGACCUGGAGGGAAUCAUGGGCGACUUCUCCUACGACGACAAUGACACUUACAUCAACGACACCCUCCUGGACUACGACGCCACGCCCUGCCACAACCGCUUCUGUCCCCUCUUCCAGCGUGUGGCUCCCCCUUUCCUGGCGGCCACCUCCGCCGCGGCCGCGCUGGCCACCGGCGCCUUGCUGGUGGCCUUGGCCAAACGUCCCCAAGCGUGGCGGUGGCCGCAGAGCCGCGCGUUGGUGGCACAGCUGGCGCUGGGCACGGCGCUGUUCGCGGCGCUGCUGCCGGCGCUGGCCGCGGGCGUGGCGCGGGGCUGGCACCUGGGCGCGGGGCUGUGUCGCCUCACGCACCUCCUGUGGCACUGGAGCGUCUUCGCCCAGGCGCUGCUGGUGGCCAGCGGCUCCUGCGGCACCGCCUGGGCUCGCUGGGACCCCCGGAGCCGCCGCUUGGCCGUGGCCCUGUGGGCAGCGGCGCUGCUCUUGGCCACUCCGGCCGCGCUGGUCAGUGGCGUGGCGGCGGGCACCGCCUGUGUCCGGCGCAGCGUGGGCAUCCUGGCACCGCUGUACCUGCUGCACCUGGCCCUGUGCCUCUGCCUGCUGCUGCUGCUGCCCGCGGCGCUGCUGCUGGCCGCGCUGGCCGUGCCGCGCCUCAGGGCGAGCUGGGCGAGCGGAGCCGGGCUCGCCUGGCUCUUCCUGGGGCUCUGGGGGCCCUACGGAGCGGGGCUGGCCGGGGAGUUCCUGCUGCAGGCCGGGCUGCUGGAGCCCAGCUGCGGCUCCUUCGAGCACUUCGACAUCGCGCUGGGGCUGAGCGAGGGGCUGGGGGUGCUGCACUGCGGCCUCGGGCCCCUGGCGCUGCUGCUCGCCCGGAGCUGCCGCCGCCAUGCCGGUGCUGCCGGGGGCUGCUGAGCUCCGGGAAUGCCGAGCUCCGGGACUGCCGAGCUCCCGGGAUUUCCGAGCUCCGGGAAUGCCGAGGUCCGGGAAUGCCGAGCUCCCGGGAAUGCCGAGCUCCCAGGAAUGCCGAGCUCCCGGGAAUGCCGAGCUCCGGGACUGCCGAGCUCCCGGGAAUGCCGAGCUCCCGGGAAUGCCGAGCUCCGAGACUGCCGAGCUCCGGGAAUGCCGAGCUCCGCGACUGCCGAGCUCCGGGAAUGCCGAGGUCCGGGACUGCCGAGGUCCGGGAAUGCCGAGGUCCGGGAAUGCCGAGCUCCCGGGAAUGCCGAGCUCCCGGGAAUGCCGAGCUCCGGGAAUGGCGAGCUCCGGGACUGUCGAGCUCCCGGGAUUGCCGAGCUCCGGGAAUGCCGAGCUUCCGGAAUGCCGAGCUCCCCGGACUGCCGAGCUCCCGGGAAUGCCGAGCUCCGGGAAUGCCGAGCUCCGGGAAUGCCGAGCUCCCCGGACUGCCGAGCUCCCGGGAAUGCCGAGCUCCGGGAAUGCCGAGCUCCCGGGAAUGCUGAGCUCCGGGAAUGCCGAGCUCCGGGAAUGGCGAGCUCCCGGGAAUGCCGAGCUCCCGGGAAUGCCGAGCUCCCAGGAAUGCCGAGCUCCCGGAAUGGCGAGCUCCGGGAAUGCUGAGCUCCGGGACUGCACCGCAGAACCAAACGGACCCACAGCACCGGAUUGGACCCCAGCACUGAGCCCUGGUCCCCCGGGGCCAGACUUGGACCCCUGGCACCUGACGUGGCACCCUGGAUCCUGGGCACCAGCCUGGGCCACCCAGCACUGACCCCUGGCCACCUGACACAAGCCGUGGCACCCUUGCAUCUGCCUCUGGGCACUGACCCCUGGCCCCACGGUGCCCCCCCGGCCCCACAGCCUCUGUCCCACACCCAACACUCCCCCAGCACCCCCCGUCCUGUGCCUUCUGUCCCCUCCCUUGGGGUCUCAGCCCCCUCUUUGGGGCCGGACCCCCCAACUGCCCAGCACAGAAAGCCCUGGGGUGCCUCAGGCUGCUCGGGGGGUCACCCCAGACUCCUGGGGGAUCCCUGAGGCUCAGCCCCAGCCCCCCUCCAAGCUCCAGGGGGAGAUUUCGGAAGUGAUGGGAUUUUUUCCAUCUCUCCUGACAAGCCAGGAGAAUCCAGUGGGAAUUAAAACACAAUAAACACAACUGCCAGAGGCA